CUCGCGGCGGCGAAGGCGGCUUCUGUGGUGGCAGCAUGAAGCGUACCCAGACGGCGGAGGAACGGGAGCGCGAAGCUAAGAAGGGCAGUUACCUUGAAGCAAUCUCCUGGGUAUAGAAGAUUUUUGAGCAUAUGUUCCUUAUCACAGUAUAUUUUCUCAUUCAAUGCAUAUUGUUGUUUGUAAUGCUUUUUAAGAAAUUGUGGCGGCGGACUCUGGGAGUAGAAACCAGCUCGAGCAAGUCACCUCCUCCCGCUGCGGUGGUCGCCGGUGUCCCGCCGGCCGUCUGUGUCGCCUUGCACUGCUGCAGCAGCCGCGGCACGAUGACGACUGCGUUCCUCGUACUGCUGUCCUUGUUGGUGGCAGGUGUUUGGGGGAACGAGUUUAGUAUAUUACGAUCACCAGGGUCUGUUGUUUUCCGAAAUGGAAAUUGGCCUAUAUCAGCAGAGCGAAUCCCAGACGUUGCUGCUUUGUCCAUGGGCUUCACUGUGAAAGAAAACCUUUCUUGGCCAGGACUUGCAGUGGGUAACCUAUUCCGCAGGCCCCAAGCUACCAUUAUGGUAAUGGUGAAAGGAAUAGACAAACUGGCCUUCCCCACAGAAAGAGUCAUCUCCUACCCCUUGGAAAAUGCAGUUCCUUUUAGUCUUGACAGUGUGGCAAAUGCCAUCCACUCCUUAUUCUCUGAAGAAACUCCUGUAGUGUUGCAGUUGGCUCCCAGCGAGGAAAGAGUAUAUUUGGUGGGGAAGGCUAACUCGGUGUUUGAAGACCUUUCAGUCACAUUACAGCAACUCCGGAAUCACCUGUUUCAAGAAAACUCCAUUCUCAGUUCACUCCCUUUAAAUUCUCUGAGUAGGAAUGAGGAAGUUGACCUGCUUUUUCUUUGUGAACUGCAAGUGCUUCAUGAGAUCUCAAGUUUGUUAUCUUUCAACCAGCACGUAGCUGAGGAUCAUUCUCCUGAUUUGUAUUCCCUGGAGCUAGUAGGUUUGGAUGAAAUUGAGAAACGUUAUGGCAAAGAGUCGGAACAAUUCAGAGAUGCUUCUAAGAUCCUCGUUGAUGCUCUACAAAAGUUUGCAGAUGACAUGUACAGUCUUUAUGGAGGGAAUGCUGUGGUAGAGUUAGUGACCAUCAAGUCCUUUGACACACGCCUGGUGAGGAAGACCAGGAUGAUCCUUGAGGCAAACCCAGAGAAACAAGUAAUUCCCUAUAACCUGGCAUAUAAAUAUAAUUUUGAGUAUUCAGUGGUUUUCAACCUGGUACUUUGGGUGAUGAUUGCCUUGGUUCUGGCUGUCCUCAUCAUCUCCUACAACAUUUGGAACAUGGACCCUGGAUAUGAUAGCAUCAUAUAUAGGAUGACAAAUCAGAAGAUCCGAAUGGACUGAACUUUCCUUAUGUCAUACUUACACAAGGGGUUUGGAAAUAGGUCAUUUUCUUAAGAUACAUCUUACAGUAUGAUUUAAAGUAUAGAUGGCAUUCUUAAAUUUAUCAAAAUGAAAAAACAACAACAAACUUUGUUCUCUGUUUUGUGUUUUUUUUAGACUGAAUUGUAGUGUUACUGUGAGCUGAAUUCUGUAAUACAGAGUCUAUAUUAUGCUCAAAUGUUACAGACAUUUAAUAAUGUAAUUUCUAUUUAAUAAAUGGAAAAAUUCACUGAUAAAAUAUAAAACACUUA